AAAUAUAGCCUUAAGUGAUUACAUUAUCGAUAUCGUCUACGGCGGCGGCCUUCAAGAAAACACAAGUAUGAAGGGAGAAGGGCUUAAUCUGAUGUUGGUGUCUCUGGUGGUGGCGCUAGGGCUGAGCUUCUACGUGGGGCGGAUGCACGCGGCGGUGACGUUGCCGCCCGAUGCAAAGCCGUUGAAGCGACAGUUUUACAAGAAGCUCAACACUUGUGACAAUGUGGAGGCUUAUGUGACGUAUCAAGUGAAGCUGUGGUGGGAGAAAGACAAGAGCAUCACUGCCAAGCUAGUUAAGCUGCUCUAUGCUGAUUGCAUGGUUAAUGGUUGUGACGGAUCAAUUCUGCUAGAUGGGCCUCACACAGAGAAAGCAGCUCCACAGAACUCAGGGUUGGACGGAUUCAUAUUGAUCGACAAGAUCAAGACAGUGCUGGAAGAAAGGUGUCCUCGAACAGUCUCUUGUGCCGACAUACUUAACCUUGCUGUCCGAGACGCUGUUCAUCUAGCAGGAGCACCGUCAUAUCCUGUGUUACUGGGUAGAAGAGAUGGACUAGAAUCAAAAGCAGCAUGGGUGGAUCUUCCAUCUCCCUCAAUUUCCUUGGAAGAAGGCUUGGCAUUCUUCAAAUCCAAGGGUCUGGAUGCACAAGAUUAUGCUACACUACUAGGAGCACAUACCUUAGGCAAAACGCAUUGCGCAGCCAUUCAUGAUCGCCUCUACAAUUUCGAGAAAACAGGGAAACCAGAUCCCUCUAUGAGCAAAUCCUCGUUAGACAAACUAAGACAGCAAUGCCCAAAAUCAUUGAAGAAGGGCCAGAAGGACCCGACAGUGUUCUUGACUGAUAAGAAAGGAGAUGGAUACAGGUUCACCAACAACUACUACUCCAACGUGUUGUCAUAUGAUUCAGUUCUCAAGGUGGACCAAGAUCUGCUAUUCAAUUACAACACGACACAGCUGGUGCUGGAAUAUGCUGGGAAAUUCGAGCAGUUUCGCAGGGAAUUUGCUUUAUCCAUGAGCAGGAUGGGAAGUCUCAAGGUUUUGACGGGGAAGCAGGGGGAGAUCCGCCACAACUGUCGUGUCACAAACAAGAACAAUCCUAAACUAAAGUAGGAUGUGUUGGUUUUACAGUCAGGACAAAGAUGAAGUAUAUUGAUCAAUAA